GUUUUGUUUCAGUGUGCGUAUAAUGCGUUAGCGCGCGUGUGGCUGAACUGCCUCACCAUGCAGAACCCCAUGUCGCCCAGCAACCAGCCGGGGAUGGGGCUGAUCGCGGCGACCUGAUGGAUCUGGAGGACUUCUUCUCGGGGGACACCCCGGUCUCCGCGUCCGCCGGGGCGAUGUCCCCCGCCUUCGAGCCGCCCAGGCGGAGCUCUGCGCACCGUCUCCCCCCACACUCGAUCUCCACGAUGAGCACGCUGGAUGGCCAGGAUUCGGCAUCCGUCUGCACCAUCUGCAGCACCAAGCUGGGCAAGCGCCACCUGCACCGCAGGCACCAGUGCUACCUCUGCGGGAGGGCGGUCUGCUCGGGCUGCUCUCCCAGCGCGGUGCAGCUGCCCGACUACGACGCGCCGCAACGGGCGUGCGCAGUCUGCGUGGCGGACUUCGACCAAGUGGUGGGCGCGAGGGAGCGCAUGCUGGAGUUGGGCCGGAGCUUGCACGAGGC